AUGGCGUCCGGCAUGGAUAAGCAACGACCGCCGAUCUACAAUCCUGAGGACUAUGCGACUUCCCUCAAGAAAUGGGGGAAGAAAACGAGCGGGCAGAGUCUCUAUGAGCUGGAGGGGGGUCAGGACUCUACCAAAGCCAGGACAUUGCCCAACCAGGGUAGUAAGGACUUUAGAAACCCAUGCUUAAUUGUGGGCGAAGAGAUGAGCUUGCGGCAAUUCGGCACACCGAGUGAGCUACUCACCAAACUGAGAGCUGAUUUAAGGCUCUCUUUUCCCAGUUUCGUCCAAGAAUUCGCAUGCGAGCCGCUAGAUGGCGUGACUCUGCUGUUGGAACUUCUGCGCAACGUGCAACUCAGCCAAUCAGGAGACGGAGCGCGUGGGCCGCCGGCUGUCAGACGCAGGCCGUUACUUGAUGAACUGGCGUGUCUUCAAUGUUUGUGGAGUUGCUGCACCCGCUACCCUGAUUGCGUGAGACGGCUAGUGGCCGGCUCUAAUGGCAUUUACACGCUCACCGUCUGUAUCAUGUCUACCGUGAACAAGUCGAGGAUUUUGGCAUUGCAGCUGUUAACAAAAGCGUGCUAUCCACCAGCAAAUGGUCACAGUAUGGUCUCAGAGGCACUUUCUACGUUACGACUUCGCUAUGGAGAACCUGUCCGCUUUAGAUUUUUAGUUGGGAUGCUGCAAAGCGGCGGUGGUUCCGGCGAGAUUCAAUCUGUCGGUUUGGCGUUCAUAAAUGCGCUGUUAUCAAGUGCACCUGCGCCGCAACGCAAGCUUUAUAUCCAGGCUGAAUUGGAACAGGCUGGCUUUGAUAUUAUUUCUCUAAAGAAGAUGGUGUCUAAACUAGUGAACACACAAUCCAAUGAUGUUAUGUUAAAAGAAAUAGAGAGCUAUGAGAAGCAGUUGAUAGAUAUCGAUACGUUGAGUGAGAAGGCGCAGGAAGCCCUGAAGGAAAAAGAUGAUUUACGACACAAAUUGGAGUUGUUGGAGAAGAGAGUCAAGAUACUUCAAGAAGAAAAAGGAAUUCUGCUCUCACUGGAGAAGUGUCUUAAAGAAAAGUGUUGUGAACUACAAGAAGAGGUAUCAUCCCUGAGAUCAGAACACGGCAACACCAACAGAAAGAAAACUUUUUGUUUGAAGAAAAAAAACUCAGUGCACGAAAGUAGAGACGAAUCUUCUCCACCGGAAGAUGAAGGCAUCAGCUCGUCUGAACGAUCCCUGAGUCCUGAAGGCGACGCCCAAAGGGAGUCCAUGGUUUACGAGGUCUUUAAUGUAAAGAAUGAAACCUACGACUUGAUGAGAAACAAGCGCACGUUGCACAAGAAACUAGACUGUAAGAAUGAUAAAAAAUCCUCAGAUGAAGAAGAAGAAACAACGAUAGACGAAGUUAUACAAGAAUUGAGAAACAUAGUCAAUCACGCCGAAUCAGAACAAUACGCAAAAGACAGAAUGACAUUUGGGGAUGACAAAUCUUCAAGGUGCAAUCAGACAUCUGAAAUUAAUGUCUCUGUCAAAGGGAUUGAAUGUCAAAAACACAGAGAUGUAGAAAAGGAAGAUUCUAUCACUAGCACCAGGCAUAGUAUUCAAAUAACGAGUAGCAUGGAGUGUCUUGACGAUAACGAUGACGAUGAAGAUGAAAUCGUGCCAAGCAAAAUUUUGCCACAUCCACCGCGAAAAGCCAAAAGCUUGAUACAUUUGUUUGCCCCUCCGGUAGACCAAGGAAUGCUUUACAAACCACCAGAUCUGUAUGAUGACACAUACUACUCCAGCGAUGAAGGAUCAGAUUCUUUGCUAAGCGCCUCUCGUUGUCAAGAUGGUGUCGCCAAGAAAACAUCUGGUUCUAGCUUUGAUUUCCAUGAACGUCGCGCUAUGUUUGCCAUGAACGAAAGGGAUAAGGAUGAUAGACUGAAGCGUUCACGGACUCGAUCUAAGGAAGAAACGAAAAGGAUUUCCAUAAAACGAAGCGAAUCCUUCCAAACUUCAGAAAAGGGUUCCCGUCAACGCGAGUACAUCGAUAGUAUGUUUUACAAUGACACGCGUACGUCUUUGAUAGGAUCUGGAACUCCACUGCAAAGAUCUAAUUCUAAAGGUAGUCGGGUCGACGAAAUAGUGAACUUGAUCGAAUCUAAAAAGCUAACCAAAAGCCUUGAUAGAAUUGAUGAAGGGCUUAACUCGAUGGUCGAUAUAGUUGUGUUGAGUGAACCUAAGAAGCCUCAAUGGCCUUACGAAAGGAGGCAAAGAUCGUGUUCAAUUACAAACAGUGAUGCAGGAAAUGAAACUCCUCUGGUUCCUGUUACAAGAUCAAACAGUAGACUCACCAAUUUCACUCAAAGAUUUGACCGAAACAGUCAGAAAACAAAAGAUGAAAGGCAUGACUCUCAGAAAUUCUUUUUACCUCAUCCCAAAUUGAGUUCUGCAUCUUUUGAUAACAAUUCUUAUAGCAACACAUCUUUCAUAGUGAAACGUGGACACAGUAAUGCUGGUUUUUAUUCUGGACCGCACAUUUUGAGAGAUGCCCCUGCAAGCAUGACCAGUUUGGUAAUGAAUGGAACCCAUAGUCACUCAGAUUUGAAGAGAACCCUAUCCCCUAUGAGUUCCAGCAACUACGGUCUCCACAAAGUGACGGAUAUGCCUUCAGGAUUGUAUUGAUCGUAUUGAUACUUAAAGUUUCGCGUGUAUUCAAUACCAACGAUUAAUUUAAGAGAUUUUGUACCUUUACUUCGACUAGUGCAAUAUUAUUGGAAGUUAGUUUCGAGUUAGAUUAUUCGUUUAUUACAUUAUUUUAAAUUAUUGUUUAAGUUUAGUGUCUUGGUAAUUUUGUUUGUAAGCAAAAUUGACUUAAGAUCACAUUCGGUUAUCUUUUGUGUUUAUUUGAUUCUAACUUACUCUGCUAUAGUGAAAAUUUGUUUACUGUACAUACUUUCGUCUUUCAUUUUUAAGCUACCUAUUGUUAUAAUAUUACAUUCCAAUUACAUUAAAACAUC